AUAAGAAGUAUAGUUGCUGAAACCCAAUGACUUGGUGCAAAUGUUUGUUAUUAGGUACCUCUAUGAUAAGUUGAAGGCUUAUAAAACGCUGGACAUGGUUGCGUUUGUCGACCCUUCACUUAUUGGUGCUGUGGGGUGUGGGAAUGGAACUGUCAAGGGCUAACACAUCAAAGAUAGGCUUGUAACUGCUAAACCAGGGCAGAUGUUCAUGCUGCCAUAUAACUCGGGGUAAGUUAAUGAACGUUUGCAAACUUUCAUAUCUACUGUGUCUGAACAUAAAAAUUUAGUGUUCAAGAUAUAUGACAUUUUGUAUGCAUGUAGUGAUCAUUGAAUGUUGACACUUGUUGAUCCGGAGAAAGGAACCGCCUAUUUUAUGGACCCGCUGAAAAGACGCUUACCUAUAGGAGAUUGGAUGUCUAUCGUGGAUACUGCUAUGCGUAUGUAUAAUGCUGAAAAGAAUAAGCAAAGCCGGAGUUCACUCCAUUGGAAAAAUUUGGCUGGCAUUCCUCCCCAACCUAGCAACAAGGAGUGCGGGUACUUUAUCAUGCGAUACAUGAGAGAUAUGAUUGAGGAUAAAGACAUGUCAUUGUUUCCUUCCAAGUGGGAGAGGAGAGGCAGCAGCCAAUACACCCAAGCAGAUAUUGAUCAAGUGCGAAAUGAGUGGGGGAAGUUUGUUGUCAACACAUAUGUGCACGAGUCAUGAAGUAGCGCACUUGUUGGUACAUUUUAGAUAAGGAAAGCAUCUUUUUUGUGCAUCUCUGCUGGUACAUUAUCAUGCACCAUGUGUAGCGUGUUUUGGAACAAUAUAUGUACGUGUAUCAGCUUUUUGA